AUCUCCAGUUUUCUCUUGAGGGAGAAGAAGAAGAAAAAGGGAAUAGCAACAGUGGGUAUGGAUUCAUUAAGUGAGAGAGCAACCCUGAUGCGAGAGUCCCUACAGAAGAGCCAAACCAUCACGGACAAUGUCAUCUCCAUACUUGGUUCCUUUAACAGUCGCCUUUCCGCUCUCGAGACUACCAUGCGUCCGACUCAGAUUAGAACACAUUCUAUAAGGAAGGCUCAUGAGAAUAUAAAUAAGACUUUAAAGACUGCAAAGAUUAUUUUGGAGCAAUUUGAUCUUUCUCGUCAGGCAGAGGUUAAAAUACUCAAGGGGCCACAUGAUGACCUAGAAAGUUAUCUAGAAGCACUUGAUCAGCUAAGAAACUCCAAUUACUAUUUUAGCAGCAAGAAAAGCUUUAGGAAUAGUGAUGUUGUGGUUAAUCAUGCAAACAGUUUACUUGUUAAAGCUAUUUCAAAGCUACAAGACGAGUUUAAGCAAUUAUUAACAUCAUACAGCAAACCAAUCCAACCCGAUUGCCUUUUUGAUUGCCUCCCAAACUCAUUAUGUCCAGCUUCCAGAUCACCUGUAGACCAGGGUGAUAGUGGUGGGAAGGUUGCAUCCAUUAACCAUUCUGAGCACCAUAAAAAUGACUUAGAAAAUUCUAUCUAUACAACUCCCACUCUUAUUCCACCAAGCAUUCUGCCAUUGCUGCAUGAUCUAGCCCAACAAAUGGUUCAAGCUGGUCAUCAGCAGCAGUUAUCCCGAAUAUACAGAGAGACCCGAUCUUCCAUUUUGGAAGAUAGUCUACAACUAAUGGGAGUUGAAAAACUUAGCAAAGAUGAUGUCCAAAAUAUGGAGUGGGAGGUUCUAGCAGCCAAAAUUGUGAAAUGGGUUCAUUUUAUACGUAUUGCUGUCAAACUCCUCUUCACUGCAGAAAGGAACAUUUGUGAUCAAAUAUUUAAAGGCUUUGAUUCUCUUAGUGAUCAAUGUUUUGCUGAAGUUACAGCAAAUAGUGUCUCAGUUCUUUUUAGUUUUGCUGAAGUGAUGGCCAAAAGCACAAGAACACCAGAAAAAUUGUUUGUUCUUUUAGACAUGUAUGAGAUAAUGAGAGAGCUUCAUUCGGAGAUUGAAGCACUUUUCAAGGGUAAAGCAUGUACCAAGACUAGAGAAUACGCAUUGGGCUUAAUAAAGCAACUUGCACAGACAGUACAGGAGACAUUUGGUGAUUUUGAAAAAGCAGUUGAAAAAGAUGCAUCAAAAACUAUUGUAUUGGAUGGAACUAUACAUCCAUUGACUACCUAUGUCAUUAACCAUGUGAAGUUUUUGUUGGACUACCAAUCAACAUUGCAACAAUUAUUUGAGGAAUUCGAGAAAGGAGACGAGAUAAAUUCUCAGUUAUCUUCUGUGACAAUGAGAAUUAUGCAAGCUCUUCAAACAAAUUUGCAUGGAAAAUCAAAACAGUAUCAGGAUCCUGCUUUGACUCACUUAUUUCUCAUGAACAAUAUUCACUAUAUGGUCAGAUCCGUUCAAAGGUCUAAAGCCAGAGAUCUCUUAGGGGAUGAUUGGGUUCAAAGACAUAGAAGGAUUGUGCAACAGCAUGCAAAUCAAUAUAGAAGAAAUGGUUGGAGAAAGAUUCUCCAGUCUCUCUCCAUACAAGCGCUGACUUCAUCUAGGGGUGGUAGUGCUAGCGUAGUAGGUGCUGACAUCGGAAAUAGUAGUGGAGUUUCAAGAGCAUUGGUUAAAGAAAGGUUUAAGACAUUCAACAUGCAGUUUGAAGAGCUUCAUCAAAGACAAUCCCAGUGGACUGUUCUAGACAUAGAGUUAAGAGAAAACCUUAGGCUUGCGGUUGCUGAAGUCUUGUUGCCAGCUUAUAGAUCUUUCCUAAGACGUUUUGGACCUAUGGUUGAGAAUGGGAAGAAUUUGCAAAAAUACGUUAAAUACACAGCAGAAGAUCUAGAACGAAUGUUGGAUGAAUUCUUUGAGGGGAAGAAUCUGAGUGAGCCGAGGUUAUAGUUUGGAUCUCUUUCUCCAUUGUGGAAGCACAAUAUAUACCAAUCAACAGUGGCUAUAUCUCUCCCCAGCUAGAAAAAUGUUGAAUAAAAUAGGUUAUAAUAAUGAUGAAUGUGUGUAUCUACGAUUCAAGAUUGACAAUAAUAAGCACCUGAAUGUGUCCUUUUGCAAAUGCCAUAGCGUGGUCUAACAUAGGUAUUACUAAUGGUGUGGUUGUGUAAAUAAUAUUAAUGGUUUAUAAAAGAAAGUGUUUGUC